AAAGCUCACCACAGCAAGACUCAUCAGCAAGUAAGCAAUUUGCUUCAGUGCAGUCAACAACACUAUGAGGCUCAUCGUUGUGGCGGCGUUUGUGGCGGUCGUGGCGGCCUCCGGCUGGGCGAUGCCUGGCUCCUUCGGCGGCAACGGAGGCGGAGGCUACGGCUCCUCCGGCCGUGGGGCCAGCGGGCAGGGAGGCGGCACGGGAGGCAACGGAGGAUAUGGCUCUUCAGGAGGAAGCGGAGGCCAAGGGUCCAGCGGAGGGGGGAAUGGAGGUAACGGGGGAGGCUAUGGAUCUAAUGGAGGAGGCUUCGGUUCCAACGGAGGGGGAAGUGGAGGCAGCGGAGGAGGAUAUGGGUCCAACAGAGGAGGCUUCGGUUCCAACGGAGGGGGAAGUGGAGGCAGCGGAGGAGGCUAUGGGUCCAACGGAGGAGGCUUCGGUUCCAACGGAGGGGAAGUGGAGGCAACGGAGGAGGCUAUGGGUCCAACGGAGGAGGCUUCGGUUCCAACGGAGGGGAAGUGGAGGCAACGGAGGGCUAUGGGUCCAACGGAGGAGGUUCGGUUCCAACGGAGGGGGAAGUGGAGGCAACGGAGGAGGCUAUGGGUCCAACGGAGGAGGCUUCGGUUCCAACGGAGGGGGAAGUGGAGGCAACGGAGGAGGCUAUGGGUCCAAUGGAGGGGGAAAUGGAGGCAACGGAGGGGGAAAUGGUAAUAACGGAGGAGGCUAUGGGUCCAAUGGUGGGGGAGGUGGAGGUUCUGGCAACGGCAACCAGAACGGAGUUGCCAAAGCAACAGUUAGCUUCCACCUUGGCGCUCCACAAGGCAGUGGCAACGGAGGUGGAGGCUAUGGUGGUUCCAACAGUGGAAAUGGUGGAGGUAAUGGUGGAAACAAUGGUGGCAACGGCGGAGGUUAUGGCGGUUCUAACGGAGGAAAUAACGGAGGCAACGGUGGAGGUUAUGGCGGUUCCAGCGGAGGAAAUAAUGGAGGCAACGGCGGAGGUUAUGGUGGUUCCAGCGGAGGCUUCAACGGCGGUUCCAGCGGAGGCAACAGUGGAGGUUAUGGCGGUUCCAACGGAGGCUUCAACGGCGGUUCCAAUGGAGGAAAUAACGGAGGCAACGGUGGAGGUUAUGGCGGUUCCAACGGAGGCUUCAACGGCGGUUCCAGCGGAGGGAAUAACGGAGGCAACGGCGGAGGUUAUGGUGGUUCCAGCGGAGGCUUUAACGGCGGUUCCAACGGAGGCAACGGUGGAGGUUAUGGCGGUUCCAGCGGAAGCAACGGUGGAGGACAUGGCGGUUCCAGCGGAGGCUUCAACGGCGGUUCCAACGGAGGCAACGGUGGAGGUUAUGGCGGUUCCAACGGCGGUUCCAGCGGAAGCAACGGUGGAGGACAUGGCGGUUCCAGCGGAGGCGGUUACGGCAAAUGAAUCUGUUGAUGUAAUGCUUUUCCAGUUUGUCAAAUAAGAUUUUUUUUUCUCUGAAUCGAUGCCAUACACAACACGUUAGCAAUAAAUUAUUCAAUGUGC